AUGUGUCUCACUCAGUCACCAGCAAGCAGCCCCAUGGCGACGAUCUACGCUGCAGGCGCUGAGGCCUUAAAACCACCGAGGAAAACCAACCAGCGGGACGGUCUGCAGUACCUGAACUUCGUGCUGCUCUCCCGCGUCCACAGAGCGAGCGCGCAUCAGCCGUGCCGGUGGCGCCCGGGAGUCGGGACUGAGACGCCACUGUCCACCACCACCAGCUGGCCGGGGGCGGGAGGGGGGCAGACACACCUUUCUUGCGCGACUCAGUUCACUGCCGCUUCGCCUGUGUGCUGUCGCUACCUGGUGCGCGGCGGCGGGGGUGGGCCGGCUUGA